AUGACAGCCCAAAAGCGUGGCCGCGAGCCGGCUGGAGGAUCAGAUCCACGCACCACUAAGCACGCGCGCUUCUCGGAUACUCCAGCAGCCUCGACGAGCCGAGACAAUGUUGCUGCAGGGUCUCAGAGCUCCCAAGGCUAUGCCAGUUCUCAAUUACCGACGUCUACACAGGUCAUCGACGACGAUGAAGCCGACCUUAUUGACGACCGUGCGCAGUACGAUGAGGGUCCUGUUUUCGACCUAUAUGGUACUCACGAUGCAAAGAUCGUCGGCGUCAGAUACUACAAUGGCGUCGUCACUCCCCAUGAGCUGGUAAUGCUGCAUCGAGAGCCGCACAACCAAUAUGAUCCCAACGCCAUCAGAGUCAACAAUGUCAUGGGACAGCAAAUUGGCCACUUGCCCCGUAACCUGGUUGCCAAGCUGGCUCCAUACAUUGACAACAAUGAAGUUGUCCUCGAGGGAGUCCUCACCGGAGAGAAGGCAUUCUACGACUGCCCGAUCAAGCUGUACUUUUACGGUCCCAGUGAGCCCAUGGCUCGUAUGAUUAUUGAAAACAAAAUCAAAGCGGAUAGGCUUAUCAAGGCCACUGAAAUGAACAACAAUAGAAAGGAGCAAGAGGCUCGCAGGAAGGUCAUGGGCAUGAAAAGCGGCACCACCACUGGUACUGGUCUUGGCAAUACUGCCGAGGCCACUUUGCAAAAGCAAGAGCAAGACGCGACUCUGCAAGGCCUUGUUGCCACGAGCGAGGCCCUUGAGACGGUCCGCUCAGAUACCUUUACGGACACAUUGGCUGCUAGUGAAGAUCACCUCAAGGCCAUGCCCAUGGCACCACAGCCAGAUGCCCUCAAAUCAACACUGCUGCCAUAUCAACUCCAGGGCCUUGCGUGGAUGACAGCAAAGGAAAAUGUCAAGCUUCCUCCUGUUGGCUCAGAUGAAGUCGUGCAACUAUGGCAGCGCAAGGGAGCGGCCUCUUACCUGAACCUUGCGUCAUGCUUUGUGACAUCCUCACCUCCAAAGCUCAUCUCCGGUGGUAUCUUGGCUGAUGACAUGGGUCUUGGCAAGACUCUUCAAGUCAUCAGUCUCAUCAUGUCUGAAGGCUUCAAGAAUGGCCCAACGCUCAUUGUGGCGCCUGUCAGCGUGCUCAGCAAUUGGGAACAACAGAUCAAAUUCCACGUCAAGGAGGAUCAGCACCCUGACGUGCUGGUCUAUCAUUCGAUCAGCAAGACCAUGUCGGCUUCCGAAUUGCAAAGGUACCAUGUCGUCAUCACCACAUAUGGUAUGCUCAGCUCCGAGGCAAAGACAAAAAAUUCGUCGCGUCUCUUCGGAGUUGAAUGGCGUCGUGUUGUCUUGGAUGAAGGGCACACCAUCCGGAAUGCGAAAGCUCAGUUGGCGCAGGCAGCUCACAUGAUCAAGGCCCAAUCUCGCUGGGUUCUCACGGGCACGCCUAUCAUUAAUACCGUCAAGGAUUUCUUCUCCUUACUGAGGUUUUUGAAGAUUACAGGAGGAUUGCAAGAGGACGGAUUGUUCUCCCAAGUCAUAGCUCGCCCGAUCAAACAGGCUCAUAGUAGACACCCUGACAGGAUCAAGGCGGUCAAUGUGCUUGGGCACCUCAUGAAAGACAUCUGUCUCCGCCGAAAGAAGGAAAUGUCCUUUGUCAACCUCAAUUUGCCGCCCAAGACAGAGUACAUCCACCGUGUCUCCUUCGAUAAGACCGAGAAGACCAAGUACGACGCGCUUCUGGCGGAAGCACAGGGCGCAUUGGAAGAUUUCCAGAACAAGUCGAACAAGGGGCAGCUGGGAAGGUAUACCAAUGUCUUGGAGAGACUUCUUCGUCUCCGACAGGUCUGUAAUCACUGGACGUUGGCCAAGGAACGCGUCGACGAUCUCCUGAAACUGUUCGAAGACCAGAAAGUUGUCGCCUUGACUGACAAGAACAUUCCCAUCCUGCAAAAGGCUCUCCAACUGAUGAUUGACAGUGGCGAGGAAUGCCCGAUUUGCCUGGACGAAAUCUCCCAGCAUGAACCUGUCAUCACAGCAUGCAAGCAUGUUUUUGGAAAAGCUUGCAUCUCCAAGACGAUCGACCUGCAAGGUAAAUGUCCUUACUGCCGGGCUGAGCUGACCCAUGACUCGCUCGUGGAGACAGCGGAAAGGGCAGGUACACUUCAGGUAGACGACUCGUGCAGAAGUUCAAAGACAGAGGCACUCGUCAAGAUUCUCCAGGCCACCCUCAAAAAUGACGGCUCGAAGGUCAUCAUAUUUUCGCAGUGGACAUCAUUCCUCGACAUUAUUGCCUUGAGACUCCAAGAGGCUGACAUGUCCUUUGCUCGAAUCGAUGGCAGCAUGGUGAAGAAGAAGCGAGACGAGUCCAUUGCCGCGUUGAAUGAGGAUCCCAAUACUCGAAUCCUUCUUGCAAGUUUGCAAGUCUGUAGUGUCGGUCUGAACCUCGUCGCGGCCGACACUGUUGUCUUGGCCGAUAGUUGGUGGGCUCCCGCAAUCGAGGACCAAGCCGUGGAUCGAGUUCAUCGGCUGGGCCAGACACGGCCGACGACCGUGUGGCGUUUGGUCGUGGAGGGCACAGUUGAAGAGCGUGUCCUUGACGUCCAGGCUGAGAAGCGGAAGCUUGUGAGCGAAGCGUUCCAGGAAAAGACCAAGGGCGGAAAGGCCAAGGACACCCGGUCCAUGGCCGACAUUAAGAAGCUGCUCUCUUAG